AUGGCUAUCCAACCACGAGAUUUACCAGAGUCACAGUGUUUGCACCAGUGUUUGCAAAUACAUUUGCCUGCUGAUGGAAACCGAAUGCUCUCUCCUCAGCCGCAGCUGCCCACCAGCUGCAGGCUAGGCGCGCCCACUGGCCCUCCGGGAGGCAGCCACCCCCAGCCUUCUCCUCGCGCGCUGCCGGCGUCGCCCACCCGCGCUGUUCACCGCAACGCCUCAACCGUCACUGUUGGGCCAGUGUGGCUCCAGGUCAGCGGAGCCAUGUUCCUUCUUCUGGUCUUUCUCACCGUUCUCAGGGGACUGCACGGAGGCCCCAAUCUUCAUAAAAAGUUUGUGCAGACCACAAUUCCUGAAAGGAUUUCAACGUCUGAGGCAAUCAAAGACCCAGAAAAUAAUGUGGCUUACAUCAUUACAAUAGGAGGAAAUCCAUAUUUUGUCCAUCUCACAAAGCAGUCAUUUUUAUCUUCAGCUUCUGUUGUUUAUUUUUAUGACAAAAAUGACAUCCAACAUCAUCAGCCUUUGUCAUCUCAGAUGGAUUGCAAUUAUCAUGGAUAUGUUGCAGGUUUUCCAAAUUCUCUUGUAUCACUCAACAUUUGUUCAGGACUCAGGGGAACACUGCAGUUUAAAAACAUCUCAUAUGCACUUGAACCAGUUGAGUCUAUAUCAGGAUUUGUGCACAUGAUUUAUGAAGAAAAAAAUGAUGUAAGUGCUAUCCCUCUGUUACUGGAAAAUGACACUUACAGCUAUGAGAGAUCACAGUAUAAAGUCAGAAAAAGUUCAGAAAGAUCUGGCCAUACCAAAUUAUUCUCCCGAUACAUUGAUAUGUAUAUUGUUGUCGAUAAAAAUCUGUUUGAUUACAUGGGCUCUGAUAUAAACACUGUAACACAGAAGAUUAUUCAGAUCAUUGGCCUUGUUAAUGCCAUGUUUAUCCAGUUAAAACUUACUAUUAGAAUAUCUUCCAUAGAGAUUUGGUCAGAUAAAAAUAAAAUUUCUACUGAAGGACCUCCUCAUAAUGUUUUACAUCAAUUUUUAAACUGGAAGUAUGAAUUUACCUCCCAAACUCAUCAUACUGCAUACUUAUUUGCCUUCAAGAAAAAUCCUACUUUUAUAGGAGUCACAGUUCCUGGAGAAAUAUGUGGUAAGCUCGCUGUUGGAGGAGUUGCUCUGUAUGUAGAGGGUUUAUCGUUGGAGUCAUAUGCUGUCAGUAUCGUGCAGCUGCUUGGCCUUAAUGUGGGAGUGAAUUAUGAUAAUACUGAGAUCUGCCAUUGUUCAGGGGAUGUUUGCACAAUGUCACCAGAAGCUUUACAAUCUGGGGGUGUAAAGGAUUUUAGCACCUGUAGCUUGGAUGACUUUAAAUAUUUUGCUGCAUAUUCUGGCAUUGAAUGUCUUCAUAAAAUCCUUCCUGAUGAGCCAGUUUACAAACAGAGGAGGGUGUGUGGCAAUGGAAUAUUGGAAGCGGGUGAACAAUGUGAUUGUGGCAAUGAACGGACGUGUACUCAUCCAGGCUGCUGUGAUGCUCAAUUAUGUAUAAAGAAAAAUGGUGCAGUAUGUGGUUCGGGGGAAUGCUGUUCAUCGAGUUGCAAGAUAAAACCAGUUAAUACACCUUGUAGGAAAGCAGUUGAUGAAUGUGACUUUGAAGAAUUUUGUAAUGGGAAUCAAUCAAUCUGUGUGCCUGACACUUACGCACGUAAUGGAGAGACUUGUGAGUCGGGUGACGCCUACUGUUAUAACGGACGGUGUAGGUCUAUUAACAAACACUGUAGCAGAUUAAUUGGAGAAGGGGCUAGAGGUGCUCCUUAUAGUUGUUUUGAUGAAAUAAAUGCAAGAGGAGAUAGAUAUGGAAACUGUGGCAGAAAUUUUUGUGCGUUUAGUCACACAUUGUGUGGAAAAUUAGUUUGUGCCUGGCCACAUAAAACUUUAGUAUCACAAGCAAAUUUAUCUGUGAUCUAUACGCAUGUACGAGAUGAAAUAUGCGCAUCAGUAUUUCUGAAUGCUGAGAGGUUACCUAGAGAUACAUUUACCACAGUUGAAAAACCUGAAGACAGAGAUAAAACAUUUGUAGAAGAUGGCACUAUAUGUGGCCCUGGAAUGUAUUGUUUGAACUUUUCCUGUAGAGAGGUUAGAUUCCAAAUAAAUACUACACAAUGCAGUAAUGAUGUUGAUUGUAAUUCAAAAGGAGUAUGCAACAAUUUAAAUCAUUGCCAUUGUUUGAAAGGGUUUGGGCCUCCUAACUGCAAGCCCCUUCUAGGAGGGUUUGGAAGUGUCGAUGAUGGACACGAGCACAAAGCCGAUCUGUGUCAGAAGAAAGCAGCACUAACAGCAAGUCAUUCCCCAGUGCCAGACAGUUGCCGCGAUGAUGUGGGGAGUGGACCCCUGGUUCAGUUCCCCCACCCACUGAGGGCCGCCGCUGCUCACGCCCUGUGCAGCAGGAAAGAGAAAGCCAAACACUACACGCGGGUGGAGCCUGUUCUUCCUUCAAUGUACCUCUGGUGCCCUCUGCUGGCUAGACCUACCACUGCCUUCACUAACGGAGAAAAUAGCGUUCAAUCCAUUAUUGCAGAGCAGCCUGACACCAACAUGCCUCAGGUGACCAGGAGAAGUGGCCCCAGCAUGGGGGAUCCUUUAAACUUGGACACCAGUUUGCAGUUGGACCAAUUUGAGACUCGGAGCCAGACCUUCUCAGGGACCCCGGUCUUUCAACCAGCGACAAGCCAAUGGCCCCCCAAAGCCCCUUUUCAGGCCCCCAUUUUUUCCCUUUCAUCACUGCCUUCAGCCCCUCGACUUCUGUCUUACCUUGUCAAAUCAGAACCCUCCCAAACUGGAGCCUCCAGAGCUUUCCCCAGGAAGGCUCCAAUCGAGCUCAAAGACAGCCCCCACCUCCGCCCCACAAGGCCUUUUAAUUCUGCUGGGAGUCGAGUGAUGACUCAAGGGCUUGUCCCCUUCUUAAAGAACCCUGACAAGUUUAAGGAUGAACUGACCAGGCUGGGGUUGACAUUCUCUCUCACCUGGCAGGACAUCGUGGUUACUCUGGCCCCCUAUUGA